AUGAACGUCGGAAGUAAUCGAUUGAAUCUUGCUGGUGCUAGCAGCAGUGAUGCUUCAUCAGACAAUACUCUUCCUCCACAGUAUAAAGUACUCACCUUAUCGUUUAAUCAAGAUUGCACAUUGUUGGCGACGGGUACACCAACUACUUAUUCUUUAUUUACCAUUUCUCAAGAUAAUAAAAUUGGUGAAAUUCAUAAUUGUGGUAAGAAUAAGAAAAUUGGUUGGUUUCGCUAG